AAUCUACGGCAUAGAUACCAUAGAUUAUACACAUAAUAUUUGAGAAUUUUGAGAUAUACACAUUACAGUUCUGCAGGCAUUGCCUUGUUAUUACGAGGUCUUUUCUUUACCCACAAUUUGUCGGUUAUAAAAAUAAAUUGAUCAUAAGUGAGGAAUAAUUAAAAUAAAAUUACUCGGAAUGCUAUAAUUUUUUGUGGCUGACUUGGCCGUUUUAGUCUUAGAGUUUCUAAAUCAAACUUAUGACAUCGGCAAAAGUAGCAACGCAGCUCAUGAAUAACAACAACGCACAAAAUGGCCGCCAGCAGCCCAUAUCGCGACUAACAGCGCCCCCAACGGACCCUCGAAUGAAGAUAACCGCGUCAUCAUCGGAACAAAAAAAGAAACCGAAAGAACUUUGUCGCAACUUCCUCUGGGGAACAUGCACUAAAGGAACUGAGUGUAUUCACCUUCACAAACUAGACCUAAAAGUUUUGAAAGAAACCGUAAAGUUUUGCCGCGAUUUUCAAAACAAAGUUACUUGCAGUAGACCUGGUUGUACAUUUCUCCAUGUUUCUGAUGAGGAGCAAAAGCUAUUUGAAAAAGAAGGCAAAAUACCUCGUUUGCUAGCUGAAAGAUAUGCAGCUCUAAAAGAUUCACCUACAGCAAAAAUGGUGGUGGAGAAAUCUCAAAAAACAGGUUCUAUGUUUAACGUUGGAGAUUAUUUAACAAAACCACCGCCACCGCCACCACCCGUAGCAUCAGUGGCAGGGCCCUCAAUACCAGUAUCGCAUCCAUCUUGUUCUUCUCUGCAGUCAAUGCUGGCAUUACCACCACCACCACCACCUCCUCUUCCUCCACUACCGAAGGCUCCACUCCCUCAGCCAACAAAGGCGGUAACAAUAACAACAACAUCCACAACAGCAGUGGCUUCCACAUCAACCCAAAAGUUGACACCAGCAAAACCAGUUCCAAAUACUACAGUGAGUACAACAGGCCUACAUAUACUAAAUCAGCCUCCUCCACCAGGCUUUGAUGCAAGUAAACCUCCACCACCAUUACCUCAGAUGAAUGGUGCUAUAAAACGGCCUGCAUUCGAUUCUUGCAAAGCUGGACAAAGAAAGAUGGCAAAACUGGAUGACGCGAAUUCUUUAGAAAGCGACUGCAAUAACUGUGUGCAGAGGGAACUCAGGAUUGAACUUUACAAACAAGAAAUGAAAGACCUUGAAAAAGAACAAGAAAACAAGUCAAAGAUGCUGAAGAUGAAGAUGGUGGAGCAUGAGCGUGCAGUUGCAGUGCUGAAAGCAAACAUUGACCCUGAAUUUUAUCAAUGGUUCGAUGAUUACAUUGAGGGUGUAACAACAUCAACAAAAGCUGUCCUGGUAGAGCUAUUGAAGCAUGUGGUGUCAAAAGGGAAAUUAAAAAAUUUAAAACUAACACAAUCGCAGUAUCCAUUAGAAGAUGCAGUUUUGACUACUUUAACUAGAAGAAGAUCUUCAAAUCUAAAUGAUUCAACAAGAUUGCUAAAAUUGCUGGGAUUGCUAGCUAGUAAAGAAAGAAAACCAGAAGCGCGUAAUACAGAAAUAAAUACUGAAAUACGAAUAAACGCAUCGAGCGUUGUGAAAAAUACUGCAUUGAUGAACAGCCCCGUAAAUGGCUUUGUGAAUCGACAAAAAGAGGUAACAAUUGAAGCUAAUCAGAAGAAAAUUCCGAUUGCUGUUAAUAGUAAUCACGUGACGACUACGCUCCCGCAAGCAAAAGUAGCAACUCCUCCUAUGCAGCCGAAUGGGAUAGUGCCAUAUCAGCUAUCGGGAGUAUCGUCUGCCAGCCCUUUUUACGGCAGUACCUGUCCACCUGCGACCAGGAUUGCUACAGCUCCCACGCAGUCGACUUCAAAGCAACCGGUGAGAAUGAAGAUGAACAUGCCGAACAUGCCAAACAUACCAAACAUGCAUCAAAACGGACCCGGUUUUAAUUUCCAAUAUAACAUGGUGAUGCGGUAUCCACAACCACCACCGCCGUUUCAAUAGCAUCCGAUAGUUGUGCCGCACCGGGACGCAACGAUACAAGCUGCAACGCACAAAGACAUAUAGUCCAGAAGCUGGAUGACUGCCAAAUACCAAUCUCCAAGGACUUGUUUCCGAAACAAGUUCAGGCAUCGCCUUCGCAUCGCGACCAGUUAAAAGUUAAAGUGAUCUAACGCGGUGGACACGAGCAUUCUUGUCGGAUCGGGUGUAGACUAUGUGAGUUUUGAUUGUGAGUGAAACAAAAAAGCUUAGUGUACUGACGUAACUUGAAGGUUAACUGAAACAAAGUACUGUGCCUGAUUUCAUUGCGAAAAACAUUAUGUACUCUAUACACGUCAGAAAAGCGAUGUACAUUAAUAUUGAGCUUUAAACGAGUAGACUUUUUUAAAUUUAUACAAAUAUAUAAUUUAUUGUUGAAAAAACUUUUAAGCAAACAACCCUAGGAUAGAGUUGUGGUAACAGUAACUUUUUACCCAAAAUUGUUAAAUUGUUUCUUAAGUGUUAGUUUAGUAUUAGUUGAAACAAUCAAACGUACAUGAAUAUACAUGGUAUAUUGCUUCUUAGCUAUGGUAUAUUUUAAACAAAAAAUGCAUAUUUUUAGAAAAAGAUAACAAGCAUGAAGGGUAUAUUAUUUACUAGAACUUUGCCGUAUAUACCGUACCGUACCGAUUAUUUUUUUAUAUUUAUGUUAUUUCUUUCCAUUUCAUUAUUUGUAAUUUCGAAUUCGCAUAUUGAAAGGGACAGUAAGGAAACUAAAAUUACCUUCACAAAUUUGAUCUGUAUACUGAAAUUAUUCUGAAAUAUAUAAACUAUCAUCUUAAAUAUGUAAAGGACAAUAAUGCUGCGAUAUUUCUUAAAAUCGGCAAGUUAUGACAAAAUGACCAAGUAUAGAGUAAUAAAAAAACUGAUAACUGAAGUAAUUAACAAAAAAUAAAAAAUGAAAAAAUUAACACGAUAAUCGUCCACUGCAUUACAAGCAUUGUCCAAUACAAGAGCAUUAUUUCUUCAAUAGAUACUUCUCAUGUAACUAUCAAAUUGUACAAGGUAAACCGGAUAAUGUUAUGUAAUUCAGUCACAGAGUAUUUAAAGCGAAACGCACGGUGGGUUCACUGCAAAAAUAGGCAAAAUGUCACCAGUAUUCAAGCUAGGAGUUGGUAGCUAAGGAUCAGUGAGCUAGGUAGCCAGUAGUGAGAAGUAAUUGAAAAAUUGUCUCAAUUAUUUAAUUCGUAGGAACAACAGACGUACAGAACAACGACCAUGUAGAAUUAAAACGGCUGUAAUUAUUUUGUAAAGAGUGUAUUAAUCAUUUACAUGUCACUCUACUAAUAACUUUCAUAGUGCGGAGCAAAACCGAAAAAAAAUGUAAUUUCGUAAUAGUAAUGGAAAGUAAAAUAAGACCUAUAUUUAAAAGAUUUAAAUGUUCAUGUACACAAUGCAAGUCUACUCCUAACACAAAAAAAAUUUAUUUCAUAUAGUUUUACCACACUCGUUGUCUUAAAUUUCCCUUGUCAUGUAAAUUUCUUAGCAUAAAAAAAACACUGCAAACUGCCUGAUGACAAAUUCUAUCAAAACUGCGGUGUUAAGAUCCCACGAAUCCAUUUGCAGUGUUGUUAAAUUUAUUUUAAUACUGCACGUACUGUAUAGUGGAGUUUUUAAACACAGUGGCCAGUGUGCGUCUGACAUUUUGAGUAGAGCAAUUGUUUGUGGUGCUAAAUGAAUUAUCAUUGACUCGAGUAGGUAUAGUCAUUUUCGAUGACUGAGGGUUGACCGAUCUAGUCAUUUAAACUGUCAUUAUUUCUAAAUCUACCAUAUUAUUUUAAAUUAUCGAGCCUGGAUCGAUCGAAUAACGCUGCACAUCCACAUCAGCAUCUUUAUUUCAGCAACUAGAAUUGGAAUGUUUAGUUUACAGCCCACCAUUCACUGUGAUACUGAACUGAUAAGAACUGUUCUUAUUAUUGUCUGAUAGAUUAAAUGAAGGUGUUAGGCCAGUAUACCAAUAUCGAUGCCUAAGGAGGCGACGGUGUUAUGCCGAUACUAGGAAUGCCUGUCUUAUCAUUAAAUAGCAAAAACGGAUAUUGCAACUAACUGACACAUCUCUUGAAUGUUCUGCUAAAUCUUUAUGUAGAUAUGGUUGACACCACUAUAAAAGCGUGGCACACGCGACAUGAAACUAGUGAAUAGCGACAUGAAUCGAAGAGGCUAAAGCGCCCUGUAAACGGUCAAAUUCGUUUGUCAAACUUUACGUUCUCAUCAAACAAUAGCAUAAAUAAAUGAUCAAACAAGUUUGUUAACUUGCCCGUAGAUUCGGUUUUCUCCUCGCCUGUGUCGAGCAACGACUGAGAUCUCCCAUACAUGUUCAAACAUGUUUGUCAAGCACGCCGUCAAUUAAGAUUUCCAUCAAACACGUAGACUGUUAGACAAACGCAUCAAACAAAGCUGCAUACUGUCAAAUAAUUUGACAAACACGUAAAAUUUGACAAACAAUUUGAUCGUUUACAGGGCGCUUAACGGAUCGCCUCAAGCAAGCGAAGAAGUGAAAUGUUAUAGUGAAAUCUACCUUGAUUGUCCUAAUAAUUGAGUGUUGAGUGUCACGUAAUAAUACUUACACAAACAAUCGACUUUAUCACAACCAUUAUCAAAAAAUGAAAUAACUCAUUACUUCCUUAAAUUAUAAUUGUAAUUGUAAAAAUAAAUAAAGUAUAUAAUAAAAAAGGGACCACAAAAUUGAUCUCGAUGUGUAUUUCCUAUACUUGUACAAAAACUGAUUUCCAACAAAUUAUGUAUAGUAACAAAUAUAUUUAUUCUGUUACUCUUAAAUUUACUGUAAAAUUAUUUUAAUCAGUACUAAUAGGAAUUGGAAAUCAAGCAAAAUACUAAACCUGAUUAGGACCACAGCUGUUACAGAAAACAAUAUUUACAUCAAUUUGUAUAUCAAUGUCUACAACGUGCCGCCAAAAAUCUACUUUAGAAUUAAGUGAGUUUUGCACAUCCAAAAAAAGAAUAUUUCAUAAUUUAGAAUAUUUUUAUAUAUACAUAUACAGGGAUCACUUCCAUCUUGACCUGUACACCCUAAAGUACAAAUUAAAAGGUAUUUUACAAUGUUCUAAGUUUAUAGUUAAAUCAAUCGAAGAAUUAUUUUUGUAAGUUGAAAGGGGUACCAACGGGUCAUAUUUUACUGUUAUUAUUGGAUUAAAUACGAAAAGUAGUUGGUAUCUAUCGAUGGAGUCAUCGUUAAUUUCCACCAUAUCCAUCGAUAAUAUCGAAUAUAUAAUGAUUUAAAGAAUUAAUGAAAAAUAUUAUGUAGUUUUGUUUGGUGAUUUUUUAACUUGUUGUUCGUUGUCUGCUAACUAUUAAGUUUAUAGUGAUAAUUUCGAUUUUAUUUUUUUAACAUUCACUAUCUUCAAACGACGAAGUUAUAACAAUUUAGUCUUUAUAAAACUAUGUAUUAAUUUUAAAUUCGAGCUAUAUUCAGAGCAAUAAAAAAUGUACUCUCAUCAAAUUUAGCAAAGUCAUAAAUUUCAUAUUAAAGUAUAGGAUAUCUUACCGUCGAUCUAAUCAGAUGAGCUCAACUCAUUUAGUGUUAUUUAAUUUGGAUUUUUUUAUUUAAGUUUGAUAUUUUAUCACAUGUACCGUUACGUAGGAAUUUAAAUUGAAUUAUGAUCAACGUUCGUCGGGCAACUGUUUUAUUUAUUCGUGGUCGGAUGUCUAUGAGUGCAAAUGCCACUCACAUUUAUUAUCAAAAUCAAUUCAAGUUCACAUAUCAACUUGGAUUGGUUUUUAUGGCCCAAGAAUGAAAUGUUUUGGAAUAUUCAUUGACUACAGCCGAACCUCAUUUCAAACAUUUUAAAUAAUAAAAAUUAGAUUACGAUUAUGAAGAGAUUAAAGACUGAAAUAAUGAAAAUACAGUAUUACUAUAAGUCUGAUAGUUACUUUUAAUGUUUUGUAUUUGAGAACACUUAAGACUGAAAGUUUAAGAAAAUGAUAGUACAAAAUAUACUAGACAAGUUUUUUGCCUUUAUUGUUAAACACUAUUUAAGUAUAUUGCAUAUUUUGAAUUUAAUUAUUAUUCAUGAAACGAUAAGACUGAAUAGCUGUGUUACUAAACUAAGCUUUAGCAUACUACACAACAAUGUCAUUUCAAUAUUUCCUAUAUAUAAAAUCCAUGACUGAUUUAGUAUAAGGAAAAAUGUUUUUAAUUUUUUUUAUGUCAAUUAUUGUUUAUCCUUCAAUGUUUAAAUUUACAGCAUCUCACUUUUUUUUUGUAUUUAAGAGAAAUGCUUAAUUUAUUUUUAAAAGAAAAGUCUGUCAUUGUUUUUGAGUUAUAUAAAUUUGACUAAAUUAAUUCAAGAUAAAUGUUUGGCUCGAUCUUAAUCUCAUUAUUUAAUAGUACCUGUUUUGUGACUAAUUUAAUUCUAAUAAAUAUAUUGUGAUAUGGCAA